AUGGCAACAGUUAAGCUCGACAAGACCAAUGAUAAUUAUCAUGAUGAUCAUACGAAUCAUGAUGAUGAGGAGGCUGAUGCUUCGAACGAUAUUUCGGAAUGUUCUGACAAUAAUAAAUAUUUGUGCAGCAAUGUUGUUGGGGGUUGCCCCCACACACACACGCUCAUAUUGUAUGAUUGCGUUGCCAAUGAUAUUAUUGCUGAUAUUGCUGUGCAUAAAAUCUAUAAGAAAUUUACCAAAUUCCUUCACCUACGACGUCAUGGCAAAGUAAAACUCUUCUCCCCCUCCCAUUCAUCGUCAUUAGCCACCUCUAAUUCAACGGCCACAACACAAUUAACCGCAACAGCAACAACAACACCCCGAAAAAGUCCCACAGAGUCAAGACGAACGUACAACGUUGACGACGACAACCACACCAUGUCACAGACCGAUGAAUAUCCACGAGCCUCCACUUCCAGGGAUGCAGCAGCGCUGGCAGCAAUACCCAAUGGUAAUGGUAAAGUUCACAGCACCAGGGGCAGUGUCACCAGUGCAAGUGCUGUUGAGACACGAAAACCAUCACCACAGAAACAACGUCGAUCAAAGUCAUCGCCACGUCAUGCCGUCGCAGAACCCAAACAGCCCCGCCGCUCCCUGCUCUCCAUACCGAGUACCCUGAAAUUGAGUAUGCUCAACAGUGGCCUAUUAUCGUUUGAGAAAAUCAAAUUGGAGGCGCGAGAUGAAAACAACUCCCUGUCGAAGACCAUGCCCACCUAUCCCAUUGAUACCCAGCAGUUUAUCAAAAUGUGUGAACUUCGACGAAAAUUCCCCGUCCUAUAUAAAUUGGAAUUUCAGACAGCCGCCCGAGUGGAGACCAAUACCUGCCGUUAUGCCAUGAAAAAGAGUAAUCAGGGCAAAAAUCAGAAUCCCAAAUGCAUUCCCUACGAUUACAAUCGAGUGGUGCUGAAAAAGGUGGAGGGUGAGCCGGAUUCGGAUUAUGUGAAUGCUUCGUACGUGGAUAGUUUGUUAAAACCAAAUGCCUAUAUUGUGACCCAGGGUCCAGUGGAGGAUACAGUGAAUGCCUUCUGGCGUAUGGUAUGGCAGGAGAAUGUCAGUGUCAUUAUUAUGCUCACGAAGACUUUCGAUUUUGCCAAAGUGAUGUGUGUUCAAUACUGGCCACCCAAUCGUGAGGUACACGAAACCUAUGGCGACAUUAAUAUUAGCAUCAUCAAAGAGGAACAGUUGGCCAAUUUCCAUAUACGCACUUUCCGACUUUACAAACUGAAUGAGGCCAAUAGAUCGGAAAUUGUAGAGGACCGCCUGUUGCUGCAAUUUCACUAUACCGAAUGGUAUUCCCAUUGUUGUCCCUUCUCAAAUGCCUUAUUGGAGUUUCGCCGACGUGUUCGCCUCGUCGUCGGCAGCAUUAUAAAAGACAAAGAUUCACGUGGCCCAAUGUUGGUGCAUUGUGGGGAUGGUGGUGGCCGUUCGGGUGUGUUCGUCUCGAUUGAUGCCAAUCUGGAGCUGCACGAGGAAGAAGAAUGUUUCAACAUUUACGGCUAUCAAAAGAAGCUGAGGCAGUCGCGCAAAGGCUUAGUGGAAAAUGUCGAUCAAUAUAAAUUCAUCUAUGAUACACUGGAGGAACACAUUGUAUGCGGUAAAACUUGGUUCCCCGUUUCCGAACUCUCCGAUCGUCUGAAGGCCAAGGCCCGACGUAACUCUCAAACCAAAAUGAACGAAUAUCAAAUGGAAUACGAUAAAAUCUGCAAGCAAACACCACGUUUCACCAUUGGCGAUUGUGCCGGUGGUCAUCGUGCCGACAACCGGGAAAAGAACCGAGAUGUCCUGUGUGUGCCACCCGACAACUUCCGUCCCUAUCUAACAUCAUUUCAAGGUAAUGCCUUUACAGAUUACAUCAAUGCCGUCUAUGUGGAUGGCUAUACCAAGCCGCGCGAAUACAUUGUCACCGAAUGGCCCAUGAAACAUACGCUCGGUGAGUUUUGGUCCCUGGUUUACGAUACCGAAUGCUCGGCAGUGGUAGUAUUGUGCCAACCCCCUGCCAAUUCCCAAACCUUCCCCUCAUUCUGGCCCAUAAAAUCCAAAAUGGAGAAGUACGGUCCCGUCUUCUCCGUACACUAUUCCGCUGCACGCAGUUACACUAACAUCAAACAAUGGGAAUUCAAGAUCAACAAAAAAAUCGUCUCAUUGACCGAAAUGAUGGCCGGCGUUAAGGCACCAACACGCACUGUACAGCUCUUCCAAUUGACGUGUUGGCCCAUGGGCCAUAAAGUGCCCACAUCGACCAAUUCGCUGGUCUAUCUGAUGAAUAUGGUCGAAUUGUGGCGUGCCAAAACUGAUUAUGGCCCAGUAUGUGUUGUAUCACCCGAUGGUCGUAGCCGUUGCGGCGUGUACUGUGCCGCUAAUGCUUGUAUCGAACAGGUCAUACAACAUGGUGAAGUGGAUGUUUUUCAGGCUGUCAAAACGGUUAGACGUAAUCGUCCGCAUCUGGUAGAGAAUAUGACCGAAUACAAAUAUUGUUAUGACUUGGUGUUGCAUUAUGUGUUACAUUUUCUGAACAAAAACGAUUAAACUGCACAGAUAUUUUUUCCAGGAGUUUGUAUGGAGGAUUUCAAAAGAUAUUGAAAAAAAAACACAA